AUGACUCCAGCAAACAUUACCUUAUGGGCCCGAGACACCGCGAGUGAUCUCCAGGACGUUCCAAGCACAUUCUCCAGCUGGGACAAAUGUAUGGCCAAAGAGUACUGCAAGCGCAGAAACAAAACACCCAAGCACUUUGAUAACUAUGACCCUUCGUUCCACCAGCCUCCACCACCAGCUCCGAAUCCCGUCUAUCAAGCACCACCAGCUCCACCCUCCUAUGUCAGUGCGCAACAGAGAGCGCCUUCGUUCCGCGGCGCGCAGCAGACUGCGCGUUUCGACGCGCCCAAGUCCCCAGCCGUUCAUAUCAAUGAGGACGCCUUGCCUGAGAUGCCUACCUGGGCUGGUGCUGUUGACAAGCACGUUGAAGACCCGAAUCAUCACGAUGAUGUCGAAAUGGAGCCAUUGAACCACCCCGACCGAAGGCAGGGUGCCGGUGCACCUGGCACCGCUUACUCUGACUAUUCACCCAACCCAACCAUUGGCGCAGCCGCGGCUGGCUACAGAGGAUUUGGGCCUACCGAUCCGCAUGCACGGCGGUCUCCCGGCCCGGGAGCUGCAUUUAAUCCCGUCCAAGACCCCUAUGGCCGACGUUCGCCAGGUAUGCCUUCCCCUGGGGCAGGAAUUGAUCCUCAUGCGAGAAGAUCCCCAGGCCCGGCAGCAGCACUCAAUACUGCGCAGGAUCCAUACGGACGACGUUCCCCCGGCCCAGCAGCAGCGUUCGCUGUCACUCAAGAUCCAUAUGGGCGGCGCUCGCCCGGCAUGUCACCCCCAGCAGCUGGGUAUGGCGCCGCAGCCCCCGAUCCCUACCGUCCGCGCUCUCCGGGCCUAACGUCGCCUGUUGGCGCACCAGUCCACAAUCCUUACGACCAGCAACAGUACCACGACUCCUAUGACGACCAGUCUUACGGCGCAGGCGAUGGCUACCACGCCGUGACUGCACCCUCACCCGUGGCUGCAUACAAGCCGCACACUAACUACAGCCCCGUGCCAAUGGCUUUCUCUCCAUCCUCGGAGAUGGACCAUUCUGCAGCCGCGGCCCCAACACCAGGCUUCCAGCGCCAGCCAUCCUUUGGCUCUAGCCAGUAUCCCCCAACAUACACCUCCCAGCCUGCAUACCGCGCCUUCUCCCCCGGCGCUCCUCCUUCGCCUCCUGCUUUCUCGGCUCCUUCGCCUUCGGAGUAUACUACCUACAACCCCCAUGCCAACGCUACCCCCAUUCCAGAGCCCGACAACAACAGACCUCCAAGUGUGUUGCAGAGCGGCAAAAAGCCCACCUUCAAUGCUUCUAGCAACUUUUGA